AUGACUUAUUCUGAAAAACAACCCUUGUUAGAACACGGUAAGAAGAUUGCUGACGAUCAUGAAGUAUCGAUCCGGUCAUUUAAUUUCCCUAUUUUUGAAAACACAUUAUCUUUGUUCAAUUCCAUUAAUCCUUUUCAAAAUUGUUUAUCACCUUUGAGUCGGAAAGUAUCAAAUAUACUGCUUGAUGAUAAUAGUUGUGCUGAUGGUGACGGUGAUUAUAACUUACUUGAUGAUGAAGACACAUCAUUGCCUGAUUUGCCAUACGAAUCUGAUGACUUCCCAAUCUUGUUACCCAGGUCCAAAUUAUCACAAAGGGAAAAAUUGUUCGAAUUAAAGAAAUUAAUGAAGCAAUACAAUAUUGGGACAUAUAUUAUUCCAUCUGAAGAUGAACAUCAAUCAGAAUACACUUCAUUAUCCGAUAAACGUAGGGAAUACAUAACUGGGUUUACUGGAAGUGCUGGAAUUGCUAUUGUUACCUUGACGAACGGCAACGCAUUAACUGGUGAAGCAAUAUUAUCAACCGACGGACGAUACUUUUUGCAGGCAGAGAAGCAAUUAAAUCCGAGAUUAUGGAAGUUGUUCAAACAGGGUGCUGCUGGUUAUAAACCAUGGCACGAAUGGAGUGUUGAAUCUGCUUCCAAGAAUGAAUUUAGUAAAGUGAUUUCCUGUGACCCAAGGGUCAUUAGUUUGUCAAUUGGAGAAUAUUUUGAUAAACAAGCUAAAUUUCGUAAAUCAUUCCAAUUCAAACCAUUAUUGCUGGUCAAUCUUGUUGAUGAAAUAUGGGGUGUAGAAAAACCAUCAAGACCAUUGGAUCCUAUUUAUGUGUUACCUUUGGUUUACAGUGGAGAACACACUAAUGAUAAAUUAACCAGAAUAAGACAGGUCAUGAAAGAAAAAAAUAGUACGUAUUAUGUGGUGUCUGAAUUGGAUAGUAUUGCUUGGUUGUUUAAUUUAAGAGCAGAUAGAGAUAUCCCCUUCACACCAGUAUUUUUUGCCUAUGCUUUAGUGACUUUCGAUUCAGUAGUAUUGUAUGUUAAUGGCGACAAAUUGCCCAAAGAUGAUGCACAACUCAACGACUACUUGUCGAGUAUUGAAAAUUUGACAAUUAAAGAAUACGAUGAAUUUUUCAAGGAUGUUUCCAAGUUGAGUGGGCUCCAAGAUAAGGAUAUUGUUGUUUUACCCACAAGGUCAGCAACUUCAUAUGCUUUGUAUGAUGCUAUUACCAAGUCUGUUGGCAAAUCACUGUUGUACCAUGAAUCCAUCGUAGCCAAUUUGAAAAUUUUCAAGAAUAAAACUGAACUUUUCAAUGCUAAAAUUGCUCAGUAUAAAGAUUCUUUAGCGUUUAUUAUUUUUUCAGCAUGGUUGGAUUAUCAGUUGGUUACCAAAAGGAAAAAGAUUUCAGAAUACGAUGCAGCAUGUAAGAUAUACUCAAUUAGACAGAAAUUACCCAACUUCAAAGGGUUAUCUUAUGAAACUAUUUCAUCGACAGGUGCCAAUGCAGCAAUCAUCCAUUAUGCUCCAACGAAAACUGAGAAUCUGAUAAUUGAUCCAACUAAACCUUAUUUAAUCGAUUCAGGUGCUCAUUAUCUUGAAGGUACUACCGAUAUCACUCGAACCUACAAGUUUGGAUACCAUGGGUUGACUGACCGUGAUAAAUUGUAUUACACAUUGGUCCUCAAAGGUCAUUUAUCGUUGGCAAUGGCAAAGUUUCCUCCAAACAGUACUUCGACAGGAACCAUUUUGGAUGCAUUUGCUCGUCAGCCAUUAUGGAACAAGGGCUUGGAUUUCAAUCAUGGCACUGGUCAUGGUGUUGCUAGUUUUGGGCCAGUCCAUGAAGGACCAUUAUAUAUUCUGACGACUUCAGGUGGUCCAUCCAAGGGAUUAUUUCAACCAGGAGCUAUAUUGACUGAUGAGCCUGGGUAUUACGUUGAUGGUGAAGUUGGGUUUAGAAUUGAAAGUGAAUUGGAAGUGGUUGAAUGUGAUGGCUCAUUAGGGAAAACAAGACAAGGUGAAAAUUUCCUUGGCUUUAAUUAUUUGACAAAAGUUCCCUUUUGCAGAAAAUUGAUUGAUACCACUCAGUUAUCUGCAAUUGAAAUUCAAUGGAUUAAUGAGUACCACCAAAGUAUCAGAGACGAUUUUGGCAGUAAAUUGUUAGAACUAAAGGAAAGAAGAGUUUAUAAUUGGUUAUUAGACGAAACAGAACCCAUUUAG